CUUCCCUGUCUCAGCAGAGUGUCCUGGAUGCUCCUGCUGCUGCUGCCACACCAGUUUCAGCCCCACCACCAAAGUGAGACCACUGCACUGCAGGCAACAAGGAAGCCAUCCUGGUGGCCUUUUAAACUCUUCAAGGGUAAAAACCGGGUCAGUCCAGCAUCCAGCUGUGAGACAUCAAAACAAACAGACCCCAAAAAUGCAGCAGGUGGAACUAAUUCCAGAUCCAGCAGCGCUCUUGAGGAUUGCAAUGAGGACAGUCUGAGAAUCGACUACAACACAUACAAGUUGAUUCAACUGGUGAACAUUUUGUGUGCAAAUAUGCCAGCAGAUGAAGACUCGCAUGCACGCAUAUUGGAGGAAAUUGAGAAACGGCUGCAAUGGGACGACAUGGCUACCAGGUGAAAUUUCCUUUAAAAUUCCAAAUCUGAAUGUGUUUUGACUGCUUUGGGUUUCCAAACAUCGGAAACAGCUGCUAUAUGAACUCCUGCCUUCAGACCUUCCUCAGCCUGCAGGAUUUUAUGAGCGAUAUCAGCUGUCAAGAGGAUUUGUGGAGUUCAGUUCCCGGAGCUCAACUCUUAAGGCGAUUUACUGACAUCAAGGACUGCCGUGAGUCAGAAGAUUACAGUGUGAAACUCGGCCACCUGUGCACCUUUAAAAAUACAUUUGCCAUGUAUGCACCUGAUUACAAUGACGAAGAAGAGAAAGAUGCUCACGAGUUCUUAACACUGCUGCUGGAUCAGUUCCAAAUGAUGUCCCCUGAGCUGCAGAUGACGGCAGCUCUCCUGGGCGAAAGUUACACCUGCCCAGUGGAAGGCCAUUUUGUUUUCCACAUGGAAAACGUGAGAACAUGCAAGAGCUGUGGAGCCGAGACAUCACACCAGAAGUUCACAAGUUUAUCUCUAGACCUCGUUGUGGAAGGCUCCAUUAUGGACAUGUUAGAGGCUUCCCUGCAGGAAAAAGUGUUGGAGUUUAAGUGUGGGUGCGGAGGGACGACAUCCGGACUGAAGUCGUCACAUGACCUGCGCAGUUUCCCAACUGUGGUUCACUGAUCCUCGGGGGGUUCACAACAAAAUACUUCAGCAAUCCUUUUCUUAAAGCUUCUGUUUCUGUUUGAUACUCAUU